GUACAUCUUGUCAAUAACAAAUGAGGACGAGAUCCGGGAGUAUGUCGUUGACCUCAUUCAGGGGACUGACGGGAAGAAGAGUCGGUUUGUAGAAGAACUGCUGGCCAGGUGGCGGAAAUCCUCCCAGCUGCCAUCUGAGCCUUUGCCAGCAUAUCGGAAAAAGGAUGAGACUUCAGAAGUGCCUCGGGCUGGAGACCAAGCGAAAAAGGGUAAACGCAAAGGAAGGAACAAGCAGGAGACUCUUGCGUACGCUGACCCAAGUGCACAUGUAGAGGAAGUAAAAACCCCCCUGGACCUGGCCAAGGCACAGGAGAAGAGCAGUGGAGUCAGCAGCAGUAGCAAUUCCUCUAAGAAGAAGCUCAAAUAUGUCAGCCUGUAUACCAAGGAGGGGCAAGACAAGCUGGCCGUCCUGAUCCCUGGGCGUCAUGCCUGCGAGUGCCUGGGCCAGAAGCACAAGCUCAUCAACAACUGCUUGGUUUGCGGGCGCAUUGUCUGCGAGCAGGAGGGCUCUGGACCCUGCUUGUUCUGUGGUGCUCUGGUGUGCACUAAAGAAGAGCAGGACAUUCUUCAACGGGACUCAAACAAGAGCCAGAAGUUGCUGAAGAAGCUCAUGGCAGGUGCUGAAAGUUCAGGGAAUUUGGAUGCCAUAAGCAAAGACUUACUGCCUCGACAAGAAGCUAGACUCAAAGCAGGCCUGGAGAUGGCUGUGAAACACAAAGACAAGUUGUUGGAAUUUGACAGGACAAGUGUGCGUCGAACCCAGGUCAUUGAUGAUGAGUCAGAUUACUUUGCCACAGACUCCAACCAGUGGCUCUCCAAGCAGGAAAGGGAAGCCCUCCAGAAGAGAGAGCAGGAGCUGCGGGAGCUGCGUCACGCCUCUCGGCUUGCCAAAAAAAUCACCAUUGACUUCGCUGGCAGGCAGAUCCUGGAGGAAGACAACAGCAUGGCUGAAUACCACAGCAAACUGGAUGAAACCAUCGAAGCCAUUAAUUGUGGCACACUGAGUGAGCCAGCCAGGAGCCCAGAAGCAAAGGCAACUCUGAGUUCUGGUGUUUUAGUGAAUCCCCAUCUUCUUCAGCCUGCUCCUUUGUGGGUGGACCAAACUGGUUUGCUCCCACACAGGAAAGCCAUCCAUUCCAUGGAUGCUGGAAAUGAGUCUGGCUCAGAGCGGAACAGGUUGCGGAUUCAGGAUCGAGAGUUGCAAGAGAUCUCAGAUGAUGGGUGGUGCCUCAGCAUGCACCAGCCUUGGGCUUCCUUGCUCAUAAGAGGAAUCAAAAGGGUGGAGGGCAGGACCUGGUACACAUCUCAUAGAGGGCGGUUAUGGAUUGCAGCUACUGCUAAAAGACCUUCCCCUCAGGAAAUCUCUGAACUGGAGACCACCUACAGAAUGCUGCUCCGGAAAGAUGUGGAAUUUCCAAGCGAUUAUCCCUCAGGGUGCCUCCUAGGCUGUGUGGACGUGACCGAUUGUUUAUCGCAAGAGCAAUUUAAUGAGCAGUAUCCGGAUCUGAGCCAGGAGUCCGGGUCUCCAUUUGUCUUUAUCUGCACUAAUCCCCAGGAGAUGGUUGUGAAGUUUCCCAUCAAAGGAAAACCCAAAAUCUGGAAACUGGAUGCAAAGAUCCAUCAGGGAGCAAAGAAGGGGUUAAUGAAGCAGAAAGAGAUGGAGUGA